GGAAACCCGGCAGCGCGGUCGCUGGGCGGUGGAGGAGGGAGCGCCGGACGCCGAGCCCACGCGCGCCCUGCCGGGACAAGUGGAGGCCAGGCUAGCGAGUGGACACCCCGAGCUCCUGCUACCCGAAAUCUCUCCAGCCUAGCCCUUGAAUCCUGGCCCAACGAGAUGGCAGGGGCCUAACCUGCACCCAUCCGCCGGUUCAGCCCAUCCAGCCCAUGGGCGCCCGAAGUCCCGCCCUGCCAACGGUAAGGCCGCGGCCGCGAUGGCGGCGGACGUCGAGGGGGACGUGUACGUGCUGGUGGAGCAUCCCUUCGAGUACACUGGCAAGGACGGGGGUCGCGUCGCCAUCCAGCCCAACGAGCGCUACCGGCUGCUACGCCGCAGCACCGAGCACUGGUGGCAUGUGCGGCGCGAGCCCGACGGACGCCCCUUCUACCUGCCCGCGCAGUACGUGCGCGAACUGCCAGCGAUCGGCGACCCUGCCCCUGCCUCGGCGCCGCCCGCGCCCCAACCAGGCCCGGCAGCCCCGGAACCGCUUGCUUAUGACUACCGCUUCGUGAGCGCGCCGGUGCAUGCGGGCCGGGACGGCAUGUCCGCCGAGCCCCGGGGCCGUGCGGGAUCCCUGUGCGGCCCGGCGCGCCGCGGCACGGGGACCCCGCGUAGCAGCCUGGCGACCGGCCUGCCCACCUGCCUGUACACGCGGCCCGCGGCGCGGGUGAGGGCCGCGCAGUCCUUGGACGACCUGGCGCGUGCCGCCGCCGCGCCCCCUGCCGGCCUCCUCGGGAGCGCCGGCCGCUUCAAGGCCUGCAGCGUGGCGGGCUCCUGGGUGUGCCCGCGGCCCCUGGCGCGCAGCGGUUCUGAGAACUUGUACGAGGUCAUCGAGGACGUGCGCGGACCGCCGCGGGAGGAGCGCCCGGAGCAGGGGGAUGAAGCCCCUGAGCCCGUGUACGCGAACGUAGAGAGACAGCCUCCGGCCACCUCACCGGGCGCCCCUGCGGCUCCCCGCCCCGGCCCGGUGUGGGAGACGCACACGGACGCGGACACCGGGCGGCCCUACUACUACAACCCAGACACGGGCGUGACGACCUGGGAAUCGCCUUUCGAGGCCGCCGAAGGCGCCGCCAGCCCGGCCACCUCCCCAUCCUCGGUGGGCAGCCGCGAGAGCCUCGAGACCGAGUGGGGCCAGUACUGGGAUGAGGAGAGCCGCAGGGUCUUCUUCUACAACCCGUUGACCGGCGACACGGUCUGGGAGGACGAGACCGAAGACGACGAGGACGAGCUGAAGAUGCAGCCCGGCCUGAGCCCCGGCAGCCCCAAGAACCAGAGGCCUCCCACCCCGGAGACGGACUACCCUGAGAUACCGACCAGUUACCCAGAGGAGGACUAUUCCCCUUCGGGCUCCUUCAGUGAGCCUGGGCCUGCCUCUCCCUUGGCCACGCCCCCGGGCUGGUCUUGCCAUGUGAACCCAGAAGGGCAGACGGUCUACACCAACCACUUCACGCAAGAGCAGUGGGUGAGGCUGGAGGACCAACAUGGGAAGCCCUAUUUCUACAACCCAAAUAACGACUCUGUUCAGUGGGAUCUGCCCCAGGUCCCAAUUCCUGCCCCUCGAAGCAUCCUGAAAUCCAACCCGGACAGUGAGACCCCAGCCCAGGCCAGCCCUCCCGAGGAGAAAAUCAAGACCCUGGACAAGGCGGGCGUGCUCCAUCGUACCAAGACAGCGGACAAGGGAAAGCGGGUUCGGAAGAAGCACUGGAGCGCCUCCUGGACAGUGCUGGAAGGCGGCGUCCUGACAUUCUUCAAGGACUCAAAGUCCUCAACUGCAGUUGGCCUGAGGCAGCCUUCCAAGCUUUCUACGCCCGAGUACACGGUGGAGCUAAAGGGGGCCUCUCUCUCCUGGGCUCCCAAAGACAAAUCCAGCAAGAAGAAUGUGCUGGAGCUGCGGAGCCGAGAUGGCUCAGAGUACCUGAUCCAGCACGACUCGGAGGCCAUCAUCAGCACCUGGCACAAGGCCAUUGCCCAGGGUAUCCAGGAACUGUCCGCAGACCUGCCCCCGGAGGAGGAAAGCGAGAACAGCAGCUUGGACUUCGGGUCCAGGGAGCGCCUGGGAAGCUGGCGGGAGGAUGAGGCGCGGCCGGGAGCAGCUGCGCCUGCCCUGAGCCCUGGGGGCCAAGACAGCGAUUUGAGCAAGGUCCGGGCCAAGCUCCGCAAGCUCCUGCUCAAGCGGCCUACCCUGCAGUCGCUGCGGGAAAAGGGCUACAUCAAAGACCAGGUAUUCGGCUGCGCGCUGGCCACGCUGUGUGAGCGCGAGCGGAGCCCGGUGCCGCGCUUCGUGCAGCAGUGCAUCCGCACAGUCGAGGCCCGGGGACUGGACAUCGACGGGCUGUACCGCAUCAGUGGAAACCUGGCGACUAUCCAGAAGUUGCGUUAUAGGGUGGACCACGAUGAGCGUCUCGACCUGGACGACGGUCGCUGGGAGGACGUUCACGUUAUCACCGGCGCCCUGAAGCUCUUCUUCCGAGAGCUGCCCGAGCCCCUCUUCCCCUUCUCGCACUUCCGCCAGUUCAUCGCGGCCAUCAAGCUGCAGGACCAGGCCCAGCGCAGCCGCUGCGUGCGUGACCUGGUGCGCUCGCUGCCCGCCCCCAACCACGACACACUGCGCCUCCUCUUCCAGCACCUCUGCCGGGUGAUUGAGCACGGCGAACAGAACCGCAUGUCCGUGCAGAGCGUGGCCAUCGUCUUCGGGCCCACGCUGCUGCGGCCCGAGACAGAGGAAGCCAGUAUGCCCAUGACCAUGGUGUUCCAGAACCAGGUGGUGGAACUCAUCCUGCAGCAGUGCUCAGAGAUCUUCCCACCGCACUGACCCCGCGGUUGGCCCUGCGGGCCUGGGACUGUGCCUGCCCUCGCUGGUCCUGCCACGCGGCUGGACUCGACUUCGGAGACCUUCAUCCUCCCGCCGGUCCACAGGCCGCUGGGAAUUCUGCACCCCUCGGUUCUGAGGGUAUGGCGACCCUUGGUGGGAAGGUCACAAACUGAUUUUUCCCUCUCACCUCUCCUGUUUUGGGGUUAGUUGGGUUCUGUUCUUUAUUACAGCGCCACCUACUGUGCGUGUGCGAGAAUGUGGGGGCGGAGGUGAAGGCUGUUUUCUGGGAUGGCCCAAGCCCCAGGCUGGGGAGAGAAAUUUGGGAUAGGGGCUUCCUGGCUUCUUCAGGCCUGAGGCCUUAACAGAGAGACCCUGUGGACCGGCACUGUGCCCAUCCUGAAGCAACGCCCCUGCUGCGAGCCUCCAGCACAGGGAGCUGAACCUGCCUCCCUCGGGCCCCACGAAUGCACUGCUGCCCAGCCCUCUCACUGUUUGGGGCUGCUUUCCUGUUUGGGGUUCUGGGAUGCUGCCCUCCUUGACCCACUUGUGUUCUGUGCAAGGGUUCUUCCUAUUCACUAAAUGUGUACCUGGCACCUGCCACCUGACAUGCACCAUUUCCACACAAAAUCCCAUUUUGCAGAUGAGAAAACUGAGGCCUGCAGAGGCAAAGGGACUUUUUCAGAGUCCAGCAUUUGACCUGACUUCCACCUCAAGCUCCUCUUACAGCAGAGCACAGUCUGGUGGGAGGGUAAAACUGAUCCUAUCAGUUACCCCUCAACCAUGCAUGGGCUUAUAGGUAGAACAAAGAAAAAAACAAACUGAGCUGGGUGGGUUCUCUCUGGGCCUGGGCAGGUACCUGAAGGUGAAGAGAGAACCCACUCAGUACCUGGUUGUCAAGUAUGACAACCAGGUGCCCACUUGCUGUGCAGACCUGGGAGUGGCCUGCAGGCUGGGAGGAAGGAGCACGCAACCUCAGUAAAGGAAGUGUGGACCCUGGGGUCAGCAGCCCCCCUUCCCUCAUACACAAACCACCUCAGUUUAUGGGUCUCGGCCCCCUGCCUCACCCACCCUGUCCAUUUAUUCGACUAGCAAUAAUAGUUAAUAUUUAUUGACAUUUUUACCACACCAAGCGUUCUACUUGGAUUAUCCUGUUUGUUUCUCACAGCCAAUAUUUAUUACCUGCUCUUCUGUGCCAGGCACUGUGCUCUGGGGCAGGGGUACUGCAUGCUGCCUCCCUGGUGGAGCGUAUGGUCGGGGGGUGAGGCUGACCCAAGCCCACCCCGAAUGCCAGUGGGGCUUGGGCAGAAGUACAAACGGAGGCCACACACAUCGAAAUACUGUAAAGUU